AUGUCAUCGGAGCGAUUUGAAAGGAUUGAAGAUGACUAUAGAACUCUCUGCGACACAGUCAAGUACAAACUUGAAGCAAGAAUUCCGAAUUCAUCUGGUGAGGAAAGAAAAAAGCUGGUACGUGAAGUUCUUCGAGAGACAGAGGAUCUCCUUUUGAUGGUUACAGGACUUGAAAAUGAAGCAAGGCCAGCACCAGGAAGCUUUAGAACUCAACUUAUGGGCAAAGUGAGAUCAUAUAGGAGAGAGGUGGAAAGGCUUCAGAGAGAUGCACAACGGUUUAGUGGACAAGCAAGUGGCAGAGAUGAACUACUGUCAGGCGGGUUAUAUAGUGCCAAGUCAGAUUUUGAAGCCCACCAGGAUACGCAGAAGAACCGUGUGAUAGGGGGCGUAGAGAGCCUGAACCGAGCCAGUCAGAGCCUUGAUAGAACGCAGAGGAUAGCAGCAGAGACGGAUGAGAUAGGCGUUGGUAUAUUAGACGAACUCGACGGGCAGAAAGAACAACUCAUUAGAACGAGAGAACGGGUUGAAGAUAUAGAUGACGGUCUUAGCAAAAGUAGAAGAAUACUCAACAGUAUGGCAAGAAGAGUCAUCACAAACAAACUCAUCUUAUCAGGUAUCAUCUUAGUGGAGCUUGCAAUCCUAGGUGUCGUCAUUUGGUGGAAAUUCUUCUCAAAAUAACCUUGUCCUAGACCAAAAAACAUUUUAGGAAUGAAAUAGAUAUUGAUGAUUUUAUAUAUAUAUAUAUUGGUAUAUUAACUGGAACCAGUGAAGCAGUUGGCAAUGUGACAGAAUACGAGAAUGUGGAUGGAGACGAUAUUAGGAUACCAUCAUCAUCAGCAGCAGCAGCAUCAUCAGCUCUUGGCUUUGGAGUGUCAAAAUUAUUCUCAAAAUAACCUUUUCCAAGACAAAAAAAAAUGUAGGAAUUAAAUUUACUGGGGCUAGAGGAACCACUGGAAAGAUGACAGAAUAUGAACAGGCAGACAUCGUCAUCAUCAACUCUAAGAUGUUCUGGAGUGUGGAAAUUCUUAGAACUCAUCCAAUCCCAAAUUAGGAAUUUAAUAGGUACCAAUAUAUAUAUAUUUUUUUUUUUACUAAUAAAGGAGUUUAAUGUUACUAGAUACAAGAUAGAUGACAAAAUACUAAUAGUGAAGGAGUUGGAUGUAACUAUGAUGAUUGCAGAAUAAUUAUGAGCAUUUGGAAGAAAUCUCUGGAUUUGAAGUGUAGAAAUUCUUCUCAAAUAGUCUUAUCCCAGAAAAUGAAAAGAUAUUUAAGGAAUGGAAAAGAUUAAUUUAACUAGGACCAGUGAAGGCACUGCAUGUCAGAAUACGAGCAUGUAGAAGUAAGACAAUGAGGAUAUUAAGAAUGCCGCCAUCAUCUCCAUCAGCUUUUAGCUUUGGAGUUUCAAAGCUCUUCUCCAAAUAACCUAAUCCAAGACCAAAAGUAUUUUGAAAAUGGAAUAGAUAUCAAUAUAUGUUUACUGGGACUAGUGAAGGAGUUGAUGCUACUGGAAUGAUGACAGAAUAAUCAUGUUUGGCAGAAGGUAUAAAGAUGCAUCAUUAGCAUCAUCAUCAUUGUUACCAUCAUCAUCAUCAUCAUAAUUAUCACCAUCAUCACCACCAUCAUCAUCAUCAUCAUGCUCAAUACCAUUAUCGUCAUGAUCAUCAUCAUCACCACCAUUAUCAUCAUCAUGAUCUUCAUCACCACCAUCUUCAUCAUCAUCACCAUCAUCAACACCAUCAUCAUCAUCAUAAUUAUCACCAUCAUCACCACCAUCAUCUUCAUCAUCAUGAUCAUCAUCAUCACCACCAUUAUCACCAUUAAGAUCAUCAUCAUCACCACCAUUAUCAUCAUCAUGAUCAUCAUCACCACCGUCUUCAUCAUCAUCACCAUCAUCCUCACCAACAUCAUCACCGUCAUCAUCAACAUCAGCUCUUGUAUUCUCUGGAGCGUGGUAUUCUGCUGAUCCUGUCAUCAUUCCUCAGGUUCUUGACCAUCUUUCAUAAAUCAUGUUAUAAGAUGACAAACUGGAUUCUAAAGAUAUGAUUGGUUGCAUAUGACCGGUCAUUUAUUCGGCCUAAUGCGUAGAUUUACUAAUAAACAGUGAUGAGCGGUCAUUGGUAAAGUGCAACGACCGGAUAUGAUUGUGAGACAAGAUUAUCAAAUAAUAAGGAUCCACAUCAUUAUCUCGUAAAAACAUAAUACACAUCAUUUUGCUCAUGCAGCUCAGGGAUUUGAUAAUUUCCCACACCUUGUUACCAUACAAAUAGUCCAAAUGCCCCCGAUGAUGUGUUUUAUAUGUAUGUUAUUGAUUGCAAGUUAUAGCUACUGAAUUUGAUUGGCCACAAGCACAUUUCUAACACUUGUCAUUGAUAUUAGGGUUGUAUGAAAGGAGACCUGGAUCCCUCAUUCAUACACUGUGACCAAAAUCAUGUAAAUUAUUGAUUGUACAAUUAAAGGGUGAAUGUAAUA